CUCUAGAUAUUUAAAAUGAAACCGAAACUGAUAUUCAAAGUAAAUAUUAACAAACAUCAUUGUAGAAAAACGUCGAAACUCGAACGCACAAGAUACCGGAACCACAACAAACCUGCAGACUUUUUCUUGGGCUUCUCUCACACCUCGGGAUUUCCUCUUUUGCUCUGUGACAGCUUUAUUUACAUCACUGGAAAAGUUUCAACUCUGACCACCAUGGAAGAUGUAACGUGUGAAAGAAUCAUGAAAAAAAUAGAAGCAGUUUUGAGUCAAGAUACUCUGCUAGAUGAGUUUGACAUUGUCUUUUCCUUGGGGGAAGUAAACCGCUCUCCUGUUGUCCAUGUUGAGCACAAGCUAGGUCUGGAGUCAUGGUGUGUCAAACACGUCUAUGCUUAUGCAUAUGCCAAGAUAAUGGGAUCAAAGCAGACCAAAAGACGAGAGGAUCCUGCUCAGGUACUUCGUUGGACCCAGUUCUGCCUUCUUAUUGCCCCAGAAGUCACAACCUUUUGGAAUUUGCGCAAGGUUCUGCUGGGCCAGGGUGACCUGAGUGCCAACCUAGAAUUACACUUCACUAGGCUUAUUCUUUCAAGAAAGCCCAAGUGUAUGGAGGUGUUCCAGCACCGUAAGUGGAUGUUUAAAAAUGUUAUAGCUAAGGUCAUUCCUCAGCAGGCAAAUGGGCCCAAUGGUAUCGAUCCAGAACACCACAAUGGUAAUGGUGUUGUUUUCCACUCAGAACAAAUUGAGCGAUUCCUAUUUGCUGAGCUGGACCUCUGUACAUGGGCAGCUAACAAGCACCAGAACAAUUAUCAUUCUUGGAACCACCGAUUAUGGGUCAUACAGCAGUUCGCAACAUAUGUGGGACUUGUGGAUGUUUGUCGAGCAGAGUAUGAGGAAAGCCAUAAAUGGAUAAGCGUCCACGUUAGUGAGCACAGUGGACUUCACUACUUACAGUAUCUACUUGACUCAAUUGUGUCACUUGUAAAUGAAUCUAAAGUUGAGAAUGUAAGUGAAAUUGUCCCAUAUGUAAACUCUGUCACAAAGCUGUACCAGAGGGAGCUGGACUUUAACAGAGACCUGAUUGAAGAAUACGAAGACCAUGAGGCACUCUUCUGCCACCGACGUUUCUUGCUAACUCGCUUGCGAGAUCUCCUGUGCUCCUCACCCCAAAGAACAUGUUCCCCACCUCCGCCAGCACUCAAGAGGUCAUGUGUUGAAACUGUAAAUAGUGAAUGGAGUUCAGUCCUUCUUGGAGAACACUUUCUGAUAGAAAAAUGUACUCAGAAGAAAACAUAUCAAAAAACCCUAGGAGAGAAACAUGCUCAGUGGUUAAAUAAUGUCAUAGGUAUUUGAUUCCCAAUAUUGAAGUAGUUAAGCAAAGGUUGUCAUUUUAGGCUGCAAUUAUAUGCAUAGUAAUUUUCAUAUUUUUAUAGGAUUUGUAAGGCAUAUUCAUAUAUCCCUCAGAAAAAUAUCCCUGCAGAAUUGAUUGAUAUACUGGGGAAGUGUUUUCUAGUUACAGUAAUUUUUACAGAGAUUUCAAAAGUUUACAGUCUCAGAAAAUGCAGUAUUGAGUUCAGGAGAAAGAGAUAAAUGUAUCAGCAUCUUGUAAAUCCUAUAUUCAGAAAAAAUAUAUAUUUUGUUCAUGAAUCUUCCAGAUACUCCAGCUAUACAUAUGCAAAAGAACAUAAAUAAACAAAAUCAGAGAAGGUGGCAGAUCACGGUUUUUAGUAGAUAGAAUAAAUGCAAGACAAUAUGUACAGUAUAUUUUUUAUAUAGUUUUAAGUCUGUACAAUUCCUGUAUUUUAUGUAUUUUAGUGUUUUAUUUAUUGGGUAUUUAUUUCCUUUUGUAGUUUACCACUAAAGAGUAUGAGUAAUAUACAAUAUUUAUCAGUUAUUGCUGAAUUCUAGUAUUUCUUACCUUAGAAGUAAGGAAAAAGUAGAAAGGAUGAAAAAGAAAAGAGGAUUUAACAUUUUAUAACAUUUUACAGGAGAUAUUAAUCAGAAAAUAUAAUGUUUUUGUUGGCAACAAAACUUUACCUUCCGAAAUGUAGGAAGAAUAGAUUUUUAAAUCAAGCACUAAAGUAGACUAUUUCUCUGAAAGCAGUAUUCUGUUUGGAAAAUACAGCUUGCAUUUAACCCACUCAUGAUCGGGGGCAUUAGUGUGUGCCACUCUAUGCCCAGGAGAUUUUGCGGCUCUAGGCUGGGCUCAUAAGCUGUCAGGAAAUGGGCUCAUGACAUGAAUAGAUGUUCCUGGGAUUUUUUGCCAUGACUCCUGUCAUAAGUGGGUUAAAGCAAGUUAACUGAAUUACGUUGAGCUGAAAUAGAUGUACACUUAAAUUUUUGAUAUGAUAAGACUAAGAUUCAUAAUUUUUCAAAAAGUGGAAGUAGGUAAACAACUAAAGUUUGUUGGUUAAAUUCAUUGAUGGUGUACUCAUCAAACAUCAGAAGACAAAAAAUUAUUUAAAUCACUAAAUUGUAUAAUAAAAUGUAUGCAACUGUAUAUUAGAUCAUUUCAUAUAGGUUAGAAAAUCCCCACGGGGUAAAGAAAAGAAAAGAAAAUUGAAAAAAGAAAAAAUAUAUAUGCUGGAGAGGAUGAGACCUGUAAGUGGAGACUGCAUUCCUAAUGUGCUUGCCUUAAUGAAUACUUUAGUUUACAAAUAAAUAGUCAUCAUUUAGGGAAAAAGUAAUAUUAGUAAUAUUUGCAGAUAAAAGAUGCAAGAAUAUAUUAGCUAUGAGCUCUGCAGUUAUGAUAACUUUUUUUGUGAUAUAAUUGUAUGGAAAUGUAUCUCCAAAGUAUUAUAUUUUCCAUAUUGUAAGAAGAAAUAGUGUCACAGCAGUGUAUGAUAUUUGCUUGUGAUUGAUGAUUCUUCCUCAAGUGAAGUUUUUGUUUUUUCUGUUGUAUAAUCUACUGUUACAGAAUAGCUGUUUGUAUAUAUUGUAUUAUCAGCUAUAACUUUUCAGUUGAUUUUUUAUUGUUGUUUACAGUUCAUGGAGUUGACUUUGCUGUUACUGUUAACAAGAUUUAUUUUUUAACUCUAUAUAUAAACCUGUUGGACUUAGCUUUAGCACUGAAGUGGACAAGAAUAGAAUUGAACAUCUAUUUUCAAUUAAUUGAUAAUGUCUAGAUUCAUAAAAAUUUCCCAAAAUUUCUUAGUAUCUUAGUUUUCAGUAAAAGGCUAUAUUUUCUCUCUAGCCAUCAAGCUCUCUUUAAUAUUAACCUUUAUAUGCAUUUUGAUGCAAAGAAUUGAGGAUCCUGAAGUUCACUUUUUUUUUUUUUUUUUUUUUUUUUUUUUUUUUUUUUUUUUUUUUUUUUUUAAUGUCAACAAACUUGCAACUCUUUCUCAAAAAUUUUGUUUUCAACAGUAUUUUGUCAAACCUGGGUGUGUCAUAGUAGGAUGUCUAUGAUAUCAGAUAGACAAAUUAGCAACUUUAUUGGCAAAUUAGUUCAAGGCUGCUUGUUUACAAAAUAUGUAUUGCCAUAGUAACCAGUCCAGAUUCUUCUUAUUUCCUCUAAAGCUGUCACAUCAUAAAUUGAUUAUGGCAUUGGGAAGCUCAAAUACCCCCACAUGUAGCAGUAUACAGUACAUAUAUUUGUCUUUGGAAUUUUUGAGGCAAGAUGAUGGAAACAUAUUUUUUAUUCAUAUUUAUUUGGCUAUAUAAUCAUGAUAGUUAUUUAUGAUGCCAGUGAUACUUGCCAUUAAAAAAAGUUCUAGGGCUCUCAUAAAGACCACAACAAAAGUUCACCUAUCACUGUUGGGCCUACCCUGGAAAUCAGCUUGCAAAUAUUUAAAUUUAACCUAUUGCAUGAGAGGGUUAGUAAAACUUGAAUCACUGAUAUGGGAAUUUUUUUCCAAACAUAUUCAGUUACUGUUUAACUAUAUGACCACAGAUGGCAUAAUAUAAUGCACUGUCUCUUGUGGGCUGAGUCACAGAUGGCAUUGCAUAAUGACAUACCCUGUGCCAUCAGCUCAUGAGAGGAAAUUCAUCUUUUUCCGAUAGUGGUGACACAUUUGGUGUCACCAUGAAAUAUAGUGAAACCGUAAGUUUUUCAAUUUUUUGUUUUUCAGAUUGGGUUACAGGCUAUUAGGCGCCUAAUAUUGAGCUCGAAGUACUGAACAAGCUAGGCAAUAACAGGGAAACUGCCAGUGCAUCCCAACGACCUAGCAUUACUGUCCACUAGCUAAUUUUUAAUACUGAAGCUAUUGAGUUAAAUGCAGAUUGAUUCUUUCAAUGAUAUAUUAUUUGCUGCCUGUCAUGGCCUCCUCAACUUUAAUAUUCUAUGGUCAUUUAUAUAUUAACAUUUUUCCCAUUAUAUCUACCAAUUUC